AUGGCCGACACUGUAGCUGCGCCGGCCAAGCCGCAAAAGCGGCCCUCGUCCCCCGUCAAGACGGGCUACUUGAUCCUGUACAACGCCGUCUCGGCCAUCGCCUGGCUCGUCGUCCUCGGCCGCACCGCAGCCCUCUACCAGCUUCGCGGGCCCGGCUUCGUCUGGCUCGGCGUCGGCGACUGGACGAGAUGGACGCAGACCAUAGCCGGCAUGGAGAUUCUGCACGCAUUGCUCGGCGUCGUCCGCGCCCCCUUCUCCACGACGGCUAUGCAGGUCGCCAGCCGCUACCUCCUCGUCUGGGGCAUCGUCUACCCUUUCCCCUGGCUGGCGCGCAGCCCCUUCUACACCUCCAUGCUCCUGGCCUGGAGCGUCACCGAGGUGAUCCGAUACACGUUCUUCGCCUUGUCGCUGAGUGGGGUCCAGCCUAAAUCGCUGGUCUGGCUUCGCUAUAACACCUUCUUCGUGCUGUAUCCCAUCGGCAUCCUGAGCGAAUGCGCCAUGAUCUACGCCGGGGCAGAGCCUGCGAGGGAGUACGGGGAGAUGGUCCCCUAUAUCAACUAUGCCAUCUUGGCUAUUUAUAUUCCAGGCUCGUAUGUCAUGUAUACGCAUAUGAUGAAGCAGCGGCGUAAGGUCAUGCGCAGUCUGAAGGCCGACGCAUCGGCAGCGAAGACUCGAUAG